AUGGCCCUAGUUUUAGUCAUGGGUAUUCCGGCUUCUGGAAAAUCCACAUUUUGUCAAAAAAUGAGGGAUUUUGAGCCGGAACUAGUUGCAACAACUUCAUUUGAUGAAUUUAGACAAGGUGUGAAUGGAGAUGGGUGGGUUUUGAACUGGAUUUAAGCAUUGCUCAGGUUAAUUGAAAAUCUUGCUGAUAAUUUGAAUCUUGACACGAUUUCUUGGGUUACUAUAUCUUCAUUGGAUUACUGUAGCUAAAUCUGAAAUUCAAAAAAAAAAAUUAGGUAUUGCUCAGGUUAAUGAAACAUUUGAGUCUUUCAACGAUUUUCUGGAUUACUGUAGCUUUCUUGGGUUACUGUCUGAGUUUCUGUCGGUUGGGUUACUGUCUGGAUUACUGUAGCUUAAUCUGAAAUUCAAAAAAAUUUAAGCAUCGCUCAGAUUAAAUGGAAAAUUUGAGUCUUGACACGAUUUCUUGGGUUACUGUAGCCUCUCUAGAUUACUGUAGUUAGAUAAAAUUAAAAAAGAAUUUGGCAUUGCUCAGAUUAAAUGGAACAAUUUUUGAGUCUUGACACAACAUCUUGGGUUACUGUAGCUUUUUUGGAUUACUGUAGCUAAAUCUCUCUUUAAGCAUUGCUCAGGUUAAUUUCCAACAAACUUUCUUCUAAAUUUAUACUUUUAAAAUGUUCCAAAGAAACUUUUUAAGGUUGAAAUUAAAAUUUAAUUUAUUAAGGCCCACGCUAAGCUUUUUUCCCCAAAAAAACCCCCCAAAAUCAUUCCAGGUCUGCCCGUGUCACUCGAAAAUUCUUCAAAAACCACUGCACCUCAAUCAUCCCAUCUUCAAAUGAACCAAUCCAAUUCAUCGAAGAUAUUUUCUAUCUCCAAAGUAUGCGAAGACCAUUCCAAAAAUUGGCUAGAAAUCAGAAUUUCAGUUUUCAUGUGAUAUUUUUGAAAUUCGAUGUAGAAGAGGCGAUGAGGAGAAAUUCAAAAAGAUCUGGAGAUUUAAGACAUCCAGAUGAGACAAUUCUGAAGAUUGAUGAAAAUCUGGAAUUCUCCGAUGAUUUCACUGUUGUGAGCUCCGAAGAAUCCAGAAGUUUAACAUUGCAUCAACUCUUCCAUCAGAAACUUUGA